AUGGCAUGCUGUGACUGUUGUAUUGGAGUCGCUCCCAUCCGACCUCCGAUAAACCUCAACGAACAAUCAGAUACUCUUAAAGGGCCUGAAUUAGUACGAGUAUCAAAAUUCUACAAAGAUGCAAAAAACGGUCGGUUCCUUCGUUAUCUACACGAUGACACACGAACGCUUUUUGAAACAUUUCGGCGUGGGGUUAAAGAAUCUAAUAAUGGUAACUGUCUCGGUUGGCGUGAGGGACCAAAUAAGCCGUUCGUAUGGCAGACGUACAAUGAAACCCUGCUGAGAGCGAAAAACUUCGGAUCAGGCCUUAUAUGUCAAGGACUUACUCCAGGCCCGAACACCUUUGUGGGUAUUUAUGCACAGAACUGCCCGGAAUGGAUUAUGACGGAGCAAGCCGCCUACUCCUAUUCAAUGGUCAUAGUACCAUUAUAUGAUACUUUAGGAGCCAACGCAUGUGCCUUCAUUAUUAAUCAAACUGAAAUGACAAUAGUAGUGUGUGAAGACGAUAAGAAAGCAAACCUCCUCUUAGAUCAAUCCCCAAGAUGUUUGAGGAAGCUCGUUACAAUUAAAGAAGUGUCACCAUCGACGCAUCAAAGGGCGAGAAGUCGUGGUGUUGAUAUAGUAAAAUUCAGUGACGUUGAAAUUCAAGGAGCACAAAAGGACCAUCCAUUUGUUCCACCGAAACCAGAUAACCUUUGCACGAUCUGUUACACAUCGGGAACCACCGGCAUGCCUAAGGGCGUGAUGCUAACGCACGAGAACCUGGUCGCAUCUAUGUGCAGUGUCAUCAUGCAGCUCGGGGAGCACCGGCCUUCCAAGCACGACGUCAUGAUCUCCUUCCUACCUCUUGCGCAUAUGCUGGAGCGGUGUUGUGAGAAUGCUCUCUACAUGGUAGGCGGAGCGGUCGGCUUUUACAGCGGAGACAUACGAAGACUAGGCGACGAUUUAACCGCUCUGAAACCAACAAUGAUGCCCGCCGUACCCCGAUUACUAAACAGGCUGUACGACAAAGCGCAGAAUGAGAUAUCAAAUUCGAAGAUAAAGAAACUCUUGUUCAAUAUGGCGCUUUCAGCAAAGGAAUCUGAACUCAAGAGAGGUAUCAUCCGCGCGGACUCCAUCUGGGACAAGCUGGUGUUCCGGAAGGUACGCGAGGGUAUGGGCGGGCGCCUGCGCAUCAUGGUGGUCGGCUCCGCGCCGCUCGCCGGCAAUGUUCUCACCUUCGCACGUUGCGCUCUCGGCUGUCUGAUCGUUGAGGGCUACGGUCAGACAGAGUGCACGGCACCAGUCACGCUGACGGUGCAGGGCGACCACGUGCCGGAGCACGUCGGGCCUCCCGUCGCUUGUUGCAAAGUGAAGCUAGUGGACGUGCCCGAAAUGGAGUACUAUGCGGCGCAAGGUCAUGGCGAGGUGUGCGUUCAAGGUGCCAAUGUCUUUAAAGGCUACUUCAAAGAACCGGAGAAGACGCGCGAAGUCAUCGACCGCGACGGUUGGCACCACACUGGUGAUAUUGGCAGAUGGAUGCCUAAUGGUACUUUGAAGAUCAUAGACAGAAGAAAACACAUAUUCAAGCUAUCGCAAGGGGAAUAUAUCGUGCCGGAAAAAAUAGAGAACAUUUACAUAAGAAGUCAAUACGUAGAACAGGUCUUCGUGCACGGCGAGUCGCUUAAGUCGUGCGUGGUGGCGAUAGUGGUGCCGGAUGUGGACGUGGUGAAGUGUUGGGCUCUAGAGCAUGGCAUUAAGGGAACUUUUUCGGCGCUCUGCGAAAACGAACGCGUCAAGCGUAUGAUCUUGGAAGACAUGUUGCAAUGGGGUAGGAAUGCUGGUCUAAAGACGUUUGAACAGGUGAAAGACAUAUAUUUGCACCCGGAUCCCUUCUCCGUUCAAAACGGCCUCCUCACACCGACUAUGAAGGCCAAGCGACCAGAGAUCAGGAAUUAUUUCAAGCCGCAAAUUGAAGAUAUGUACAAGCAGCUCGAAUAA